GAGUACUUGUCAAUUUGCACAUCUCUAACAGUGGCGAAAUAAAUGUUUUGCGGCAAUUAGACAAAAAACAAUAUACAAUAUACUCAAAUGAGCCGCAUUCCGCUCGAUGCGUGGUCGAAACGCGAACAACUCUGUUUGGCCUCGGCCGUUUCGUGCAGUGGCGAUCAGAAUUGGAUAACGGUCAGUCGCACCCUGAAAUCGGUGUGCGGCAACAAUGGAAACACUCGUCCGUCGGAUUGGUAUUCGCAGAAGAACUGUGCCGUCCAAUAUGGCCACCUGCUGGAGACGGUGGAGACGACGAAGCGCAAGAAGCGCACCAACGAAAACAGCGGCUUCUCCUCGCCGGCAACUGUGGCCGUUGAGACGCCCACAGAGUUGCUGUUGCGCCGCUUGACCGAGGAGCGACUUGUGGAGAUUAAGGCACAGAUGCGACGCGAUCAGGAACUCUAUUGCAAGAUGCAGCGUGAGAUUGAGGCGCUGCAAUCGGAUGAAACGACAGAGGAGCAGCUGCAGCAAAUGUGGCAUGAAAUCGAGAAGGAGCAGGAAACGAAGCGCAUCGAUGAAAUGAAGCUGGAGAAUCGAAUGAGAGAGCGGGAGCAGCGCAAGAAAGAUGCUCCAAGCAACUGGCGCAGCAACAGUGGCUCCAGACGCUCCAAUAUGACGGCAGACACCACGGCCGUCGAUAUGGAUGUGGAGGAUAUUGGCAUCAUUCCAGCUGCUGGCAAUGCCAAACAGCAAUCGGUACCGGCGCCUUUGCUGACAUCGCUGCUGAUAACGUCAGGUGGAGGAGGCAACAAUGCUGCCACCACCAGCACCUCAACCACAGCUGGCACUCCUACAACUACAACUCCGACUCCAACUUUAGCUGGAGCUGGCACUGGAAGCGUGGCACGCGCAACAGCAGCGGCGCCAACAAUAACAUCGCUGCUGACAAGCGGCGCCGGCGCUAUACCCAAUCAGCCAGCGGUUAUUUUAAAGAGUCCCAAUGACCCAGAGUUUAUGACGCGGCCUAUCAGUGGACCACCUGUUGCCGAGGUGGCCAUAACCCGUAGCAGUCCCUCACAGGCAGCACCAACGCUUUCGAUGCUGCUGGAGAAGAACAAAGCGUCGACGGCAGCCAAAGCAAAUGAGACAACAACCACUGUUAAAUCGACGGAUGCUGAAGCAACGCCUAGUCAAAAGCAACCUGCGGCUGAUAAAGAAUCGACGGAUGCAGCUGCUGCAGAGGAUGCCGUUGCGGACGAAUGGGAAGUGGAGGAGAAGCAGCUGCUCGAGGCACUCAGCGAUAUUAUGGAAGGUGUCAUCGAUGAGGACAUACUCAAAGAUGUGGACAACGUUGUCUCACCAGCAACAGCAGCAGCAGCAACAGAUGCGCCAGCCAAAUCCGACGUCGACUUUGAGGACAAGCUCGAUGCGCUAAAAGUGCGCGACGAAAACGUUGACGAUCGCAAAUCGCCAUCGUUGCCGAAGCCGGUCGAGGUGGUCAUUGGAUCCAGCGAUGAUUCCAAUGACAACAUACCCCUGGCAGCAGUUGCUUCGCAGGAGAGCAGCAAGGAACGCAGCCAGCAGUCUGUGGACGAUGAAGCUGCUGCCGAGGAACUCAACGAGACAAUCACCAUUGCCAGCAGUUCCAGUGAAGAGAAUAAUCGCGAAGCAACUGCUUCGACUGAUGAAACAACAGCUGGCAAAGAUGCGGUGGCAGUAGCUAAAGAAACUACAACCCCAGAGACCAGCACUAAGGAAACGGCGGAAACAGCACAAACGCAGACGGCAGACGCUAAAGUCGAGAAAGUCGAGCCCAACAACGAAGCACCCAAAGAAGACACAAACAAAUCCCGCACCCCGGAGGCAACAGACAAACCACCAGCCGAUGCAAAAACGCCUACGCCUGCAACGGCAGCCAGUUCCGUGCAUGAUACCGAUGAGGAGUCCUCCACGCAGACGGACAACAGCAGCAAACCGGAUGAGCCCGCCACACGCAGUCACAAAGCCAAGCAACCAGCCGAACACAAGUUGGAAACAGAAACGCGACAGACUCCGCCGAGGGCUGCAAGCAUAACGGUGACACCAGCAGCAGCAACCCCAACUGCGCCUGCACCCGCACCCGUUCCUGUAUCCACACCCACACCGGCACCCGCUCCUGUGCCGACACGUGCGCCAAUGUUGCGCAAGUUGCCGCAUCGCGAUCGCUCGGAGAGUCCAAUGGUGGAUGAUGAUGCCACAACGACCAGCGAUCAUUCGACGACAAAGUCGAGCUCAAGACGCCGCUGCUCCUCGACGCCACUCAUCGAUAGCAUACCGAACUCACCAGCGUCCAGUGAUCACACGGAUGAUCGACGUGAGACGCGUGGCGCCUCCAAGAAGCUCUUCCUCAGCAUCUAUGCAACGCUGCUGGAGAGCAAAAAUGCGACAUACUUUCGACGCGCCUUCCACGACGAACAUCCUCACAAAUCCGCGGAUCUGUGCCUGCGUCCCAUGGAUCUGCCAACGAUCAAGCGCAACAUCGAUUCGGGCCAUUUGCGCAGCAUCUCCGAACUGCAGCGCGAUGUGCUGCUCAUGUGCCACAAUCUGUUGCUCAUCUACAAGCCACAAAGCGCACAGCGUAAAACCGUGCGACGCUUCAUGCAGGAAUGCCGUGCGAUCAAGGAGUUUGCAGCCACUGCUCCAACGGAUAACACUGCUCCGCACAGCAUCACUGUCGCCCACAAGGUGGAGAAGGAACGCACUCCGGCUGGCAACAAGGCGCGCAGUGGUUCGCGCAAGAGCCAAAGGCAUCAUUAGACUAACACACACAGCAAGCAGCAAGCAACAAGCAGCAAUUGAGACGACACUUGAGGAUUCCAACUGAUUCCAUUUUCCGGUUAUAACUUCUGAUCCUUCUUUCUACAGUCUUUCAAUGUCUAUCUUGACCACUUACAACUUACUCCAUUUGGUUGUUUUUUGCUUAAUAUGCUCCUAUGGCAGCGACAAUUACAUUUUCAUCGUUUUCUAAUUUAAUAAUCAAAAAUGUAUCAAUGUGUCUUAGCCUAAAAUAAGAAUAAGCUUUUCACACUUGCUACUUGCAACCAACAACGAAAAUAAAAUUGCAAAUCCGUCACAAAAAUCUCUUUAAAAAAAAAAAAACAAAAAAAUAAUAAUCUUUUUUUGAGACAGUUUUUAAAAUCACGUAAACUUUAACAAUAAGGAAUUAUUACGGGAAUACAAAUCAAGAUUUAUCUUUUAGCAGACUUAUCAUAUUAGAGGAAGACUGGCAAAUAAAUUGAUUCAUCUGCAUUGAGGGAUCAAAUCUAGGUACUCUAA